GCGUGGUCCUGGCCAUAAUUGGAGAUGUGCAGGUCGCCUGUCAUUCUACCCCACAAACACAAACAGCCUGUUGAUCAGCUGCACGGACCGUGUUGUGUUAGCGUCUUGUACCAGUAACCCGUGUUUGUGCUCCAGGUCAGGCUCAUGUUCCGACCCGACACCGCCAUAUUACCACUGAGAAUUCUGACUGUCAGCGUCGUGCUCCUGCUGCUGCUUCUCUCCGCCCAGUCCCCGGUGUAGCCCUGCUGAGGGGUGUUUGUUUCUAGUGGUGGGUGGAGUACCUCUGUCCAGCAGCCAUGUCGGGCUUCAAUCUGCUGCAUCUAAUAACCAAGAGUCAGCCUGUAACUCUGAGGUCCUGCAGUCUUCCCUCAGGAGCGCGCAGGACUAAGAAGACAUGGCCGGUGAGCUUCCCUCAGGAGGAGCUGAAGAAACGCCUCACGCCGAUGCAGUACCAAGUCACUCAGGAGAGAGGAACUGAGAGUGCGUUCACUGGAGAGUUCACGCAUCAUAAAGAUGAGGGGAGCUACACUUGUGUUGUCUGUGGCGCUGUGCUGUUCAGCUCCAAGACUAAAUUUGACUCAGGAUCAGGUUGGCCGUCCUUCUACGACCUGGUGAAGGAGGAGUCUGUAGCUCUGACGGAUGAUUUCUCCUACGGGAUGCACAGAGUGGAGACGACCUGCAGCCAGUGUGGAGCUCAUCUGGGACACCUGUUUGAUGACGGACCAAAACCGACAGGGAAGCGCUACUGCAUUAACUCGGCCUCACUGGGUUUCCAGGCCAAAGAUGCGGCCUCCACCUCCGGCUCCGCCUCCGGGGCUGAGGGCGGAGCUGCCAGCAGCUCAGUGAGCGAUGGGAAGACAGAGCUCUGAAAGAACCAGACCAGACUGAUGGCUGCGCCUGUGCAGGGAUAGUCCGACAACUCACACGCAUUAAAUAGUUAGGAGUUGAGUGGUUUUGAUUCACGAAGUAAAGAUAGAGUGAGGUGGUAAUAAUGCAAAAGGAAGGAAGGUGCUCAGGCCGCAGACACAGACCAAAUACUCUGAUGUUUAAUCUGUCACAAAGGAAAGUGCAUGUUUCCAAAAAACAGCCAAUUUGUCGCCAGAGUCGAUGCUGCAGGACACGCUGCGUAAACCGACUGCCUUAAAGAGAACUUCCAGUAUUUGUCACCCUGGGUGUUAAUCUCUGAUUCUUCUGUUGUGAGUAUAGUUCGUGUUAACAUUGUAUUUGUAAAGAUUUGUCUAGAGCAGAGGUGGUGAAUUAAACGUUGUCAUGAGAGAACAGCAUGAAAAAACAAAAAAACAAACACCAAAUACCAGGAUUUUCUCCCUUUAAUGUUCUAGCUCUGGAUGAAGUGCUGUGUUGUAGACACACACACACACACACGCACACGCACAUACAUACAUAUAUAUAUAAAUAUGUAUAUGUCACUAUAUUGAAAUGAUAUUUGAUACUGAGAGGUUGAUUUAAAGAUAUCUAUGCAAGUGCUCCUGUCAGCAGCAACACAGUAACAGCUGUGACAGAUGGCAUCUCAUUAUGGGUAAACACAACUGUGGCCUUUAGGUUACUUCCUGUAUUUGUUCCUCCUUUGCAUUAGAAAAUAUUUUCAGUCGUUCACAGCUUGAAUUUAAAAUAUUUAAUGGAUGAAUAAAAUAUCUAGAAACACUA